GUGCAUUGCCAUGGAGGCCCUGGACCAAUUGCUCAUGGCCUGCCAUUGCCAGAGCAUCAACCUCUUUGUGGAGAGUUUCCUCAAAAUGGUGGCCAAGCUGCUGGAGUCGGAGAAGCCCAACCUGCAGAUCCUUGGCACCAACUCGUUUGUGAAAUUUGCCAACAUCGAAGAGGACACCCCAUCCUAUCACCGGAGCUAUGACUUCUUUGUGUCCCGCUUCAGUGAAAUGUGCCACUCCAGCCACGAUGACAUGGAAAUCAAGACCAAAAUCAGAAUGUCAGGCAUCAAAGGUCUGCAAGGGGUGGUGAGGAAGACGGUGAAUGAUGAAUUGCAAGCCAAUAUCUGGGACCCACAGCACAUGGACAAAAUUGUCCCGUCGCUGCUUUUCAAUCUGCAGCACAUAGAGGAGGCAGAGAGCCGCUCUCCCUCGCCCCUCCAAGCACCAGAGAAGGAGAAAGAGAACCCAGCAGAGCUGGCUGAGAGGUGCCUUCGGGAACUGCUGGGCCGGGCCGCCUUUGGCAACAUCAAAAAUGCCAUCAAGCCUGUUCUCAUCCACCUGGAUAACCAUUCUCUUUGGGAACCCAAGGUGUUCGCCAUCCGUUGCUUUAAAAUCAUCAUGUACUCAAUUCAGCCGCAGCACUCCCACCUGGUUAUCCAGCAGCUCCUGAGCCACCUGGAUGCCAAUAGCCGCAGCGCGGCCACGGUGCGCGCGGGCAUCGUAGAGGUCCUGUCGGAAGCUGCGGUCAUUGCCGCCACCGGCUCUGUCGGGCCCACGGUGCUGGAGAUGUUCAACACUCUGCUGAGGCAGCUGCGGCUCAGCAUCGACUACGCCCUGACCGGGAGCUACGACGGGGCCAUCAGCCUGGGCACCAAGAUCAUCAAGGAGCACGAAGAGCGCAUGUUCCAGGAGGCUGUCAUCAAGACCAUAGGCUCCUUUGCCAGCACGUUGCCCACUUACCAGCGCUCCGAGGUGAUCCUCUUCAUCAUGAGCAAGGUGCCACUGCCUUCCCUGCAUCAUCCCAUGGAGACAGGCAGGACGGGAGAGAACAGGAACCGGCUGACCCAGAUUAUGCUGCUGAAAUCCCUCCUUCAGGUAUCCACAGGUUUCCAUUGCAACAACAUGAUGUCAGCCCUGCCCAGCAACUUCCUGGACCGCCUUCUCUCCACCGCCCUCAUGGAGGACGCAGAGAUCCGCCUCUUUGUUCUAGAGAUUCUCAUCAGUUUCAUCGAUCGUCAUGGCAACCGCCACAAGUUCUCUACCAUCAGUACCCUCAGUGACAUCUCUGUCCUGAAGCUGAAAGUGGACAAGUGCUCCCGACAGGACACCGUCUUCAUGAAGAAGCACUCCCAGCAGCUCUACAGACACAUCUACCUGAGCUGUAAGGAGGAGACGAACAUACAGAGGCACUACGAGGCGCUCUACAGCUUGCUGGCGCUCGUCAGCAUUGAGCUAGCCAAUGAGGAGGUGGUGGUGGACCUCAUCCGCCUGGUGCUGGCUGUUCAGGACGUGGCCCAGGUCAAUGAAGAGAACCUGCCUGUGUACAACCGAUGUGCCCUGUAUGCGCUGGGCGCAGCCUACCUGAACCUCAUCAGCCAGCUCACAGCAGUCCCUGCCUUCUGCCAGCACACCCAUGAGGUGAUAGAGACCAGGAAGAAGGAGGCUCCAUACAUGCUUCCUGAGGAUGUGUUUGUGGAGAGGCCCAGGUUGUCCCAGAAUCUUGACGGAGUAGUGAUUGAGCUCCUCUUCCGCCAGAGCAAGAUCAGCGAAGUCCUGGGGGGCAGCGGCUACAAUUCUGACAGGCUCUGCCUGCCCUACAUCCCUCAGCUGACAGACGAGGAUCGCUUAUCCAAGAGGAAGAGUAUUGGAGAAACCAUUUCCCUGCAGGUGGAGGUAGAAUCUAGGAACAGCCCAGAGAAGGAGGAGCGAGUGCCUGCUGAGGAGAUCACCUAUGAGACGCUAAAGAAGGCCAUUGUGGACAGCGUGGCAGUCGAGGAGCAGGAACGUGAACGGCGGCGACAGGUGGUGGAGAAGUUCCAGAAGGCACCCUUUGAGGAGAUCGCGGCACACUGUGGGGCCCGGGCAUCGCUGCUGCAGAGCAAACUCAAUCAGAUCUUCGAAAUCACCAUCCGGCCCCCUCCAAGCCCAUCGGGCACCAUCACCGCAGCCUAUGGCCAGCCUCAGAACCACUCCAUCCCUGUCUACGAGAUGAAGUUUCCCGAUCUGUGCGUAUACUGAAUUCCAGAAGACAGAGCGCCUCGGAGGGGUGGGGCCUGAGGGAGGGGCUCGCCCUCACAACCCACCCCCGUGGCAUGGAAAUCGAACUGGGGUCUCAGAGAAAAAGCACCUCCCCAGCUACGCAAGGCGGAGCCUCGGGCCCCUCUCAGCCCUCCCACUUCCUCCAUGUCUUCCCUGAGGGAGGUCGGCGUCCUGCCCCUCUGGGGCCAAUAAGCAUCUCACCCAC